AUGAGUGAAUACAAGACAAUUAUUAUUCAAAAAGAAUUAGAGGAUGUGGCUGUGGAUGACAACCAAUUUAGGAAAAUCAAGUCCUUACUAAGAAAAGAACUAAAUCUAUCAAAAAAAGAUGAAAAUGAUUAUGACAGAAUUCAGAUAGAUGACCUGAUGGAGGACACAUUCCCAAAAGAUGCUGGACUGGACGUGUUCAUAAAUGUGUGUGAAAGCAUUGAAGAACUUGAAGACCUUGCUGAAAGGCUUAGAACAGAGAGAGCAAAAGUUAUGAAGCAAAAGAAAGGAAAAAUCCAAACUGCAGUGAAAAGAAGAAAGCAAGAAAAACCCAGUAGGUCCCGAUCUCUUUCCACCGAUAAUGAAUCAGACAAGAGCGAACCCUCUGCACAGAAAAAGAGAAAACAAACCGUGAAAACUGAAGGUGGCAAGAAAAUGAAGCUUACCCAGGAACAGACUCAGCUUCCAGAACCUUCAGGAAGCAACACACAAAAAGAUGAAGGUUGUCUUCAGACUCCUCAGAAGCCUAUACCAACACCAUCCAGUAGUUCCUCAAACAAGACACCAAAGUGGGGAAAUGUAUGAAAGGAGCCUUCUAAAGUACAAGGUGACCAUCAAAAUCCCAAAGAAGUGAUGGUGUUGAAAGUAACAGAACCAUUUACUUAUGAUUUGAUUGAUGGCAAAAGGAUGUUCCAUGCCACGGUGGCUACUGAGACUGAAUUCUUCAGAGUGAAGGUUUUUGACACAGACCUAAAGAACAAGUUCAUCCCACAAAAGAUCAUUGCCAUAUCAGAUUAUUUUGGUGUCAGUGGAUUUCUGGAGAUAUAUAGAGCCUCCUGUGUGUCUGAUGUGAAUGUUAACCGAACAAUGGUUAUCUCAAAUACACUGAGGAGAAGAGCCAAUGGAACUCCUAAAAUUAAGGAUCUUUUUUCUCAAAUAAAAGGAACAUACGUGAAUGGAGAGUUUGUGGUAACUAAGAAAAAUGAGAGGAAUGACUUCAUUUACUAUGAGAUUGAAGAUGAUACUGGGAAAACAGAAGGGGUGGUCUAUGGACGACUGAUGAGUAUCAAAUGUGAGCCAGGCAAUAAAGUUCAACUCAUCUGCUUUCAAUUGACCUCAAGAGAAGAUACUUGGCAGCUGAAGUCUGUAAGGCACAGUUACAUGCAGGUGUCAUCAAUGCCAGAAGGAAGGUCAUUCAACCCUAAUUCAAUUAUGAAUACCUCUCUAGAACCAUAUUUCUAAAAACCUGGAUGCCAAGGAUACUGUUUACAGAAAGAAGACCCAAGUCCAGAAAAUAAAUGUAUAUAAGAUAUGUUGAAAUACCAUAUCUAUAAAA